AUGGAAGAGAAGUGGAUUCAGCACUACAGCAGUUGUCAUGAGAUACUGCUAGUGGGCGAGGGAAAUUUCUCCUUCGCUGCAAGCUUAGCAACUGCAUUUGGCAAUGCAUCGAACAUGGUGGCCACCUCUCUGGAUUCUCCCGAGAUGUUGAGGAUAAAUCAUCCAAGUUCAGUGAGUAACCUUGAUCUUCUGGAAGAGAAGGGAUGCACCAUAAUCCAUAAAGUAGACGCUUGUUACAUGUGUGAACAUCCUCUCCUUAGUCACAGGAAAUUUGAUAGAAUUGUAUUUAAUUUUCCUCACGCCGGUUUCUAUGGGCCCGAACACAAUGCCUAUCAAAUAUCGCUUCACCAGGAUGUGGUUCGUGGUUUUCUGAAGAAUGCGUAUGAGAUGGUGAGAGAGGAAGGGGAGGUUCACAUCACCCACAAAACUAGCCACCCAUUCUCAGAGUGGAAAAUUGAAGAACUAGCGGCGGAGGUGGGAUUCUAUUUGAGUGAGGAGGUGGAUUUCUUCAUAUGGGAUUACCCUGAAUACGAAAAUAAGAGAGGAGAUGGAUCUCGAAGCGACGAUACAUUUCCUGUUGGCCGAUGCAGCACGUUCAAGUUUUCCAAGAACUAA